AGAGAUACUUAAGCCAGCGCUUUAGCAUUAUUUUCCCCUCAGAAUGGAGUGAUCAACUAGUGGAUCCGGACAGCUUUUUCAGGUCCAUGCUUGGAUGUUUAUAUCUUUUCAUCUCAGCUUUGAGUUUCAUCACUGCAACCGGACACUUCCACUUGUCAAGACAGUCCAACCGCACCGGUAUCAGAGCACAUACAUACAUGGGGAUCAUCGCAGCAUUGCCCGGAAGAUGUGUAUCACUGCUCCGCUGCUGAGAUCUGUGUCGCCUGCGCUCGUCGUGGGAUCGGAUCCCUCGGUUCAUGUCCCCGUGUCAUUCCCGGUGAACUGAGAUGGCUCUUUGCGCUGUGCUGCGACAGACACGCAGACCGCGGCAGGAGAAUUGGACACAUUUAGUUUUACUUACGACCUAUUGCUUUUUUUGUAUAUUACCACUGAAACAACUUUGCGCGUUCCCAUCAUCGCUGAGCGACUGUCAAACACCCACCGGGUGGAACUGCUCCGGGUUCGAAGAGCAGGACACCGAUCUUUUUCUGUGUGACACAAACACGUGCAAGUUUGACGGCGAGUGUCUGCGAAUCGGGGACACGGUGACGUGCAUCUGUGAUUUUAAGUGCAGCAGUGACUAUGCUCCAGUGUGUGGAUCUAACGGCGAGAGCUAUGAGAACCACUGUCUUCUGCGCAAAGAUGCCUGCAAAUUGCAGACAGAGGUGCUGCUGGUGUCAGAGGGCGCCUGCCCUGUUGAUGCUGGCUCUGGAUCAGGGGAUGAUGUUAACGAGGGUUCAGCAGAGAUCAGUCAGAAGGAGACAUCAACGUGCGACAUUUGUCAGUUUGGGGCAGAGUGUGACGAAGAUUCUGAGGACGUGUGGUGUGUGUGCAAUAUUGAUUGCUCUCACAUCAGUUUUAAUCCAGUUUGUGCAUCAGACGGCCGUUCCUAUGACAACCCCUGCCAGGUGAAAGAGGUGUCGUGUCAGAAGCAGGAGAGGAUUGAGGUCAAAUACCUCGGACAUUGUAAGGAGGAGAAAGACCAGGUGAGUGAGGUACCGUGGGGUCUUUAUAUCCCGUGUCCGGAGCGUUACAAGAACUACUGUGUCCAUGGAGAAUGCGAGUAUCCUAGCAACCUCUCGCCCCCCACCUGCAGUUGUCAUUCGGGCUUCAUUGGGCCACAAUGUGACAGGAAGGACUAUAAUGUGAUGUACGUAGUACCUGGCUCGGGAAAACUGCGUUACGUUCUGAUCGCAUCCAUCAUUGGAGCUCUGCAGGUGGCCAUUAUCUGCCUUGUAGUGCUUUGCAUCACACGAAGGUGUCCACGUGGGAAUCGGAUAGCACGGCAGAAACAAAACGUUCCACACUUCAACUCCGAAAACACCCUGCGGGCCUCCACCAGACUCAUCUGACGAACCCUUAAACUUACAGUGACAUGUGCUAAAGACAGCAGAGAAAGGCCCCAGGGAAUUGUGGGAACACACACACCCCUCCAGACAGGUGUGUAAGAACUGAGGCGGGACUCCUGGCAUUGUGCAAACCUUCUUGUCUCUUGAUUCCCAUGGGACGCAAACAGGGGAUGGGCCUCAUGGGAUUUUUCCACCUGGCCUGCAGGCUUGAGUAAGGCUGAGUGGGAAAGAGAACAGGCAGUCAGCUUCGUCAGAGCGUACAGCCAAAAACACCCCUUCCCUGGGGUUGCAACAGUCUGGAAAAGAGGAGUGCGCGUGGAUGGAUGGAUGGAUGGAUGGAUGGAUGAAUGGAUGACGGAUGGAUGACUGGAGUGGUGUGCCACAUGUUGCCUUGUAUUUGUUGUCUACGACACCAUCGAAAAAAAUGAGCCCACCAAGGCUCUCUUUGAUUAUGUAUUAUAUAUUUCCAAUAGGUUAACAUACUUGUGAUGUUCUUUUUCUUCGUUUUUAUUCGCUGUAAUGUAAAUAAAUAAUUUAUAUCAUGUGA